AUGAAUCGAAUGAUCGCGGCUGCCAUUCUGCUCACAUUCGCCGUCGUGUACGCUUACCAACCAGAUGAUCAGUUUUCAGGGAUGGAGAAACGGAAAUCUGCGUACAUGCGCUUUGGCAGAUCAGAUCCCGAGCUCGCAGAUCAGAUGAUGAUGGAGAAAAGGAAGAGCGCCUAUAUGAGAUUUGGUAAGCGAUCUGAGGCUUUAGAAGAAGAUCCCAUGGAUGUUGAAAAACGCAAAUCCGCCUAUAUGCGUUUCGGCAAGAGAAAGAGCGCCUACAUGCGAUUUGGAAAGCGCUCAUCUGAAGUCGAAGACAGUCCUGAUCCGAUCGACAUGGAGAAACGCAAGUCUGCUUACAUGAGGUUUGUUCACGAACUUUUGCAAACAUAUACCGAUCUACCAUAA